UGCGAGGUGGGGGGGGGCGGGGAGCCCCAGCCUCGCGGUGCGCCCAACGGUCGCCCUCAGGGGCGCCUCCCCCCGCAGCGGUGAACAUGUUCUCAGUGAGGGUCGUGACCGCCGACUACUACAUGAGCAGCCCUCUGCCCGGCCUGGACCCCUGCCAGUCCCACUUCAGAGAGGCGCCCGUCAAGAAGGUGCCCGUCGUGAGAGUCUUCGGAGCCACCCCGGCAGGUCAGAAGACUUGCCUCCAUUUACAUGGUAUUUUCCCUUACCUAUAUGUGCCAUAUGAUGGUUAUGGGCAGCUGGCAGAACAUUAUCUGCGUCAUUUGGCAUUCAGCAUUGACCGAGCACUGAAUGUAGCUUUAGGAAAUCCAUCCUCUUCUGUUCAGCAUGUAUUCAAAGUGUCACUAGUCUAUGGAAUACCUUUUUAUGGUUACUAUGAAAAAGAAAGACAAUUUAUGAAGAUCUACCUUUAUAAUCCUGCUAUGGUGAAAAGAGUGUGUGAGCUUCUACAAGGUGGAGCCAUAAUGAAUAAAAACUAUCAACCUCAUGAAGCUCAUAUUCCUUACCUCCUCCAGCUCUUUAUAGAUUACAACUUGUAUGGAAUGAAUCUAAUAAACCUGGCUGCUGUCAAGUUUAGAAAGGCGAAGAAAAAAGGUGAUGUAUUAGAAGGAAGUGGAUGUUACAAAUACUGUUUGUCAGGACAUUCUGCUACCAGAACCGUUCCUCAAUGGGAAAACAAUCAAAUACCAAGUUCUUUGAUACUGGAGGGUGUUGAACCACAGAGUACCUGUGAACUGGAAGUAGAUGCAGUGGCUGCUGAUAUUUUAAACAGAUUGGAUAUUGAAGCCCAGGUUGGUCGGAAUCCAGGUUUGCAAGCAAUAUGGGAUGAUGAGAAACAACGGCGUAGAGAAAACAAUGAGUCUUCUCAAAUUAGUCCUCCUAACUCACAAGAUCGUGGAUUUGUAACUGCAACAGAAAGUGAAAAAAUCUUUCAGAAGAGGCUUAAAGAAAUCCUCAAGCAAAGUGAUCUCUCUGUGACAUUAUCUGGAUCACUGGACUACAGUAAUGGAUCACAGGAAUUCUCUGCAGAGUUGACGCUACAUUCUGAGGUACAAUCUCCUAAAGUUGUUCCGUGUUCACCAGCAAAUAUGGUAGAAUUACACAGAGAUAAAGAACUCGGCAAAGAGGAGUCCAACAGGAAGUAUAAGGAGGAGGAGGCGCUUAUUAAUGAAGAAGCUAUUUUGAACAUCAUGGAAAAUAGUCAGCAUUUUCAGUCCUCAUCUCAGAGACUGAAUAAGACCCCGGUGUUCAUGGACAGUAGUGCUGAUCAAGCCAUGAUACAUCUCUUGGCUGGGUUGGAGGAUGAUGGAUACGCAGUUGGAGGACAUGGUACAUUAUCACAACACUUCUCCUCUGGAAGCUGUAGAAAUCCCCAGAACAGUGAUGAUGAAGAAAAUGAACCACAAAUUGAAAAGGAAGAAAUGGAGCUCAGCUUGCUAAUGUCCCAACGAUGGGACAGCAGUCCUAAUGACGUGAAUGCAAAGAGAAGGUCAUUGGGCAGAAGUAGGAACCAGAGCUCAACUGAAGAUGAUGGCACUUCAGAAGAUGAUAUGGACUGGAGUGAAAACAAUUUGCUUCUAGCAAGCCUAUCUAUACCUCAGUUAGAUGGAACUGCAGAUGAAAACAGUGACAAUCCGUUGAACAAUGAGAAUUCCCGAACCUCCAUAAUUGCAACAAGCAAAACAUCUGUAAAGUCUUCGAUUUUUCAUAAAGAUGCUGCUACUCUGGAACCACCUUCUUCUGCUAAGAUUACCUUUCAGUGUAAACACACAAGUGCCCUUUCUUCUCAUAUUUUGAACAAUGAUGACUUAGAAGGGCUUUCUCAGCCAAACAAAGGAGACGUAAGGCCUGAAUUGUCAGUCCAUUCUCUUACAAAAGAAAGCACUUAUAAUGUGAAAUACCCAACAUCCUUCAAUAAUAUUCUCCAUUCUGAAAAUUCACACACGGAAAGUAAUAAAAGUGAAAUUUUCCCUGUUUCGUGUGAAACAGUUUAUGAAGACAUUUCCUCAGUAAGUAGACAUUUGCCUCACAGAAAGUACACUGGAAUAAGGAAAACUACAAAGGAUGUAUCUCUGCAUAUGAACCACCAAAUGAGUGAAAGUAUUUUGGUUCAAAAUUCUAACUUUUCAGAUAUGGUCCACUCCAAAAAUAAAGUAUCCUAUGAAGCAAAUAAAAAAGCCAGCAACACAAGUACAGAUAACCUCUUCCCAGCACCAGAAAACUGUGAAAUGGUGUCUUGCUCAGAGGGUAAUCGAGCUAGUAUUUAUUCUGCUGAAGGUAGCACUGAUGGAGAUGGCCUUAAUAACCUUAAAAUUAGAUAUGAAGAAUUUCAAGAGCAUAAAGCUGAAAAAACAAAUGUUAAUCAACAAGCAGCGCAUUACAUGUUCUUUCCUAGUGUUGUUCUUUCUAAUUGUCUCAGUCAGCCACAAAAAUUAGGUCCUGUUACAUAUAAAUUGAAAAAAGGCAAGAAACAAUCUAAGUUAAAACUAAAUAAAAAGAAAGUAAUUCUUAGCAGUCAGCCGUCUACAACUAUCAGUGAUAUUGCUUCCACAAAAGAGAGCUGCUAUGUACAAGGUAAUGCUAGUAAUAACAUUCCUGAUAAAGACAGUUGGUUACCAAAUGAUAUCAUUCAAGUUUCUCCUGGUGCUUCAGAAAAUAAAUUGUCUAUGGAUACAAGUAAUUGCAUUGACUGCCAUUCUGAAGAUGGAGCUGAUGGCGCUCGAGAAUCUGAGCAGGCGUUUGGGCUAUGUGGAAAUAAGUACACGCUCAGAGCUAAACGCAAGAUAAAUUAUGAAACCGAAGACAGCGAAUCUAGCUUUGGCGUGCACAAUUCAAAAAUUAGCCUACCUCAUUCUUUGGAAAAUGAUGAAAAUAUUGAUGAGUCAAAAAAAUGUCGAAAACGAAGAAAACUUUCUAAAAAAUUGCCACCUGUUAUUAUAAAAUACAUUAUUAUUAAUAGGUUCAGAGGGAGGAAAAAUAUGCUUGUUAAACUAGGGAAAAUAGAUUCUAGUGAGGAGCAAGUUACACUUACAGAGGAAAAAAUGAAUCUAUAUCAAAAACUUGCACCUUUAAAGGACUUUUGGCCAAAAGUUCCUGAUUCGCCUGCUACCAAAUAUCCUAUUUAUCCAUUAAUGCCAAAGAAAGCUCACAAAAGAAAAGCAAAAUGCAAGUCAACCAAGAAAAAGGUUGGAAAACUGCAAAACAUGAACAGUAAAAAUAUUAAAAGAACCCUACAUUUCAGAAGAAGAACCUCUGCUUUUCUGUCUCCCCCUCUACCAUCAUAUAGCACUGAAGCUGAAGACUGUGACUUGAACUAUAGUGAUGUUAUGUCUAAAUUAGGUUUUCUGUCAGAAAGAAGUUCAAGUCCAGUUAAUGUAUCCCCACCUCGCUGUUGGUCUCCCACUGACCCAAAUGCAGAAGAAAUUAAUAAUCUGGAAAAAGAAACAUUAGUGUUUAAAAAUGCUACCACAUAUAGCACUAAGACUGUUAAUUCCUAUACAGAAAAACAUAGUCAAGCAAAAGCUCAGGCUAAAAAAUGUAAAAAGCAAUUUGUUAAUACUACAGUUAGAGCUAAUAAAAAGAUUAGGAAUAAUCUGACUAAGAAAACCAGAAAUGAGGUGAAGAAAAAGCCUAGAGCAAAACAAAAACAAAAAAUAGAAAAAGUGUCAAAGUUGAUGACAGUAACAGAUGAAAAAAGUAGCAUUUCUCCUUCAACUGAGGUUAAACUUGUGCUGAACCACCAUGAUUUACCUGAGAAUGCUCACAGCUUAGGAAACUCACAGCCACUUUGUACACAAAAAGAUAUCCAAGCAACUGGCUGUUCAACAGGGCAUCUAUCAUCAGCACAACUCCCAUUGACAGCUCAUGCACAAGUAAAUCCAUUGAUAUAUUUCCAUUCACUCUUGGAAAAUGAAAAGUCUGUAGGAUAUCAAGGUUCCCUCCUGUCACAGGAGGACCAUCAUCCAGCCAUAACUUCUGUGGUGUCUGGAAAGGAAAAAGCCAAAAUGAAUUUCCAAAGAGCUACUGGUCAAAGUGGUAUAUUUAGGACAAAAGAACCAAUUCAAAAUAAUUUAUUUGACCAGUCUCACCAUAUAUCUCAGGUAGCACUGAAUGCAUACAGUUCUAAAGAUAUAAUGCGUAAAAAGGCUGAAGAGGUUACAAAUUCGCAGUGCAGACUUUUAUCCCCUGUUGGAAAUGUAAAUGAAAAUUAUAUUUCUUCGGAUGCAAUGAAGAUCGAUCAGAUUCAUCCUAGUAAACUUUUGCAUUGUAAAGAUAAUCAGCAGCAGAUUGUUUAUCUUCCAGAAUCAACAAAAAAUACUGAGCAUAUUUCUUCUUUUUUAAAAACAUCUGAGGAAAGCCAUGGAUCUUUUCAGUUGCCAAAAAAAUGCUUUGUAGCUUCUUUGAGAAGUCCAGUUAAAAAGCUGGGAUGGGAACAGAAACAAAGAGGAUUUAUUUUGGAAAUGUCACAUUUUAACCCUGAAAAAAAUAUAAAACAAAAGGAUCUGUCAGAAACAACCUCUCAAACCAAAGCUGAUUCCCAGUGUAAAGGGAAGACACUGGUAACACCUUCAGCAUUCAGUGAAGGACAUUCUGGCUUAGCUGUUCUUAAGGAAUUACUUCAAAAAAGACAACAAAAAGCACAUCUAAACAACAUGCAUGAGCAGCUAUCAUUUAAAACUCAGUUGAACAGAAGUGCUUCCUUCCCUCUUGAUCAAAACAAAUCAGUUAAAAAAUCACGUUCAGUUGCAUCCCCAAGAAAUCCUCGUACAUCUAGGGAGAAAAAAUCUAAAGAAAAAAAUCUCAAGCUUUUAAGAGAUUCUGCAAAGCAGCAAAACAGUAAGACUGGCUAUGUGUUAUCUGUUGAUAGCCCGGUUUUUGGUUCAGAUCCAGGUUUUGAAAGUUGCUACUCACUUGAAGACAGCCUGUCACCUGAUCAUAAUUACAAUUUUGAUAUUAAUACUAUAGGACAGACUGGAUUUUGCAGCUUUUAUUCUGCAAGUCAGUUCGUCCCAGCAGAUCAAAAUCUACCACAGAAGUUUCUGAGCGAUGUAACUCAGGACCUUUUUCCAGGUCAAGCAGCAGAAAUGGAUCUUUUAAGUCACAAUAGCAAAAUUUCUAAGGAAGAAAACUAUUAUUCUUCAGACCCCACAGCUUGGUUAAGAUCUGGUCCACUAAGUCCUCAGCUUUUUGAUAAAAGGUGCCCAGAUACGAAUGAAAACCAUCUCCACAGCCAGUGGAAAAAUAACAUCAUUACAUCAACAUCUGAACCUAGCUUACCACUGGAUGUGCAACAGGCAGAGAUGUGCCAAAAGGAACAAUUUCAGUUGGAGAGAAAUGCAGUGAAGAAAGGAAUUUUUCUCAACCUUUCAUCACCAAAUAGUGAUUGGAGUCAAAACCACUUUAGAAAGGAAGCCACUUUUGAACCUGUUCAGUCACUUGAUUCAAUUAGUAUAUCUUUUUCUUCCAUUUUAUCAUCACCGGAUGGUGAACUUAUGGAUGCAGCUUCUGAAGAUUUAGAGCUGUAUAUUUCAAGAAACAAUGAGGGAUUAACACCAACCCCAGAUAGUUCACCAAGAUCUACAAAUUCCCCCUCACAGUCAAAAAAUGGAAGUUCUACACCUCGUGCUGCUCACAUCCUUAAGCCUCUCAUGUCACCUCCAAGUCGUGAAGAAAUUAUGUCAACUUUACUGGAUCACGAUCUUGCAGAAGCAAUUUAUCAGGAACCAUUUUGCAGCAACCCUUCUGAUGCACCAGAAAAGCCAAGAGAAAUUGGAGGACGACUGCUUACAGUAGAAACCAGACUUCCAAAUGACCUACUUGAGUUUGAGGGAGACUUCUCAUUGGAAGGGUUACGACUAUGGAAGACUGCAUUUUUGGCAAUGGCACAAAGCCCUAGACCAGGCUCUCCGCUCCGCAGUAGCCAAUCCACUACUGACAAAAAGCAAAGAAAUAAUCGUAAAACUAGUGAAGACAAAAAGAUAGUGAUCAUGCCUUGCAAAUGUGCACCAAGUUGCCAGCAAGUUCAGUCAUGGCUGCAGACAAAAGAAGAUUAUGAACACUUCAGGAAAAGAAUGAUUACCAAAUCAAUUGAGGUAGAAAAGGUUGAUGGCAGUUUGAACUGCACAUCUUUGCCAAAAAACAUGUGUUAUCAAAUGGCCAAGGCAGUUGAGAAUUCUAUCUUGCCAAGCAAAAGUGUUGUACCAUCAGAAGGUACUUGUUCUUCAUCCUCAAAUCCAAUGCCAACACAAACCAUGGAAAAGCAUGAUACAGAUAUCACUGAAAUGAGUAAGACUGUGCUGCUUGACACUGCAGCAAUAGAAACAGACAAGGAUGAGGAGAAUUAUGUUGAUUAUAGUUCCCCUGAUUCAUCAGUGCUUCCUCCUUGGCAACAAGUAACAUCCCCAGAUUCCAAACAAUCUUCCUCAGAAGAUUCAGAGGAUAUUUUAUCUUCUAUAGAAGAAAAUGAAACAUUAACAGAUGGAGAACAGAAGCUUGUCAAAGAGGAAAGCAAGAUACCCAUUACUGUCUCCCCAUUUGUGAACAAAGGAUGCGAUAGUAAUUCUGAAACUGCUUGCCUGCAUAGUACACCCCUUAGAGAGGAGAUGUGUAAAGGAGGAAUAACUGAAACACCUGGAUUCACUCCAUUAUUGCCAGGACCAAACAUACAGAAAUUGAAUCCUAGAAGGGGAAGGAAUGUUGAUGCUUUUCGAAAAGUGCUUUUAAGAACUCAAGUCAAGAACCGAUUCUCUCCUUUAAAUGCCCCAAAGAAAGAGACUUCUCAGAUUGAAGGACCAUCAUUAAACAACUCAUAUGGUUUUAAAAUAAGUGUACAAAAUCUUCAGGAGGCAAAGGCUUUACAUGAGGUUCAACAUCUUACACUUCUCAGUGUAGAGUUACAUGCUCGAACAAGAAGAGACUUGGAGGCAGAUCCUGAAUUUGAUCCUAUCUGUGCUGUAUUCUACUGCAUCUCAUCUGACACACCGUUGCCAAAUACUGAUAAAAUGGAAAUCACUGGUGCUAUAGUGAUUGAUAAAGACAGAACAAGAACAAUCUCAAGCCAAGGUAACAGAGAACAUGCACCUUUGCUUACCAGAUCUGGCAUCUCAGGAUUGGAAGUCAAGUAUGCUGCUGAUGAGAGAGCACUUUUCCAGGAAGUGGUGAACAUUGUUAAAAGGUAUGAUCCAGAUAUUUUGCUGGGCUAUGAAGUUCAGAUGCAUUCCUGGGGAUACCUCUUGCAGAGAGCUGCUGCUCUAGGUGUUGAUUUAUGCCAAAUGGUCUCACGUGUUCCAGAUGAUAAAAAAGAAAACAGAUUUACUUCAGAUCAAGAUGAAUAUGGGUCUGAUACAAUGAGUGAAAUAAACAUUGUUGGAAGGGUUAUGCUGAAUAUCUGGAGAAUUAUGAGAAAUGAGGUGGCUCUAACUAACUAUGCUUUUGAAAAUGUGGGCUUUCAUAUACUUCAUCAGCGCUUUCCACUGUUCACCUCUCGCGUUCUGUCUGAUUGGUUUGACAACAAAGCAGACAUCUAUCGCUGGAAAAUGAUUGAUUAUUACACAAGCCGUGUCCGUGGAAAUCUCCAGCUGUUAGAACAAGUGGACUUAAUUGGCAGAACAAGUGAAAUGGCAAGGCUUUUUGGAAUUCAGUUCUUGCAUGUAUUAACAAGAGGAUCACAGUACCGUGUGGAGUCAAUGAUGUUACGUAUUGCCAAACCAAUGAAUUACAUUGCUGUUACACCAAGCGUCCAGCAACGAGCUCAAAUGAGAGCCCCUCAGUGUAUUCCUUUAAUAAUGGAACCAGAAUCCCGUUUCUACAGUAAUGCUGUCCUUGUACUAGAUUUUCAAUCUUUAUAUCCAUCUAUUGUGAUAGCAUACAACUACUGUUAUUCCACGUGCUUGGGACAUAUCGAGAACUUGGGAAAAUACGAUGAAUUUAAGUUUGGCUGCACUUCUCUGAGAGUAUCUCCUGAUUUGCUGUAUCAGCUUCGUCAUGAAAUCACAGUGUCACCCAGUGGAAUUGCUUUUGUUAAGCCUUCAGUAAGAAAGGGUAUAUUGCCAAAAAUGUUAGAAGAAAUUCUGAAGACUAGAAUCAUGGUGAAGCAAUCAAUGAAAGCUUACAAAAAUGACAAAGCCAUCACUCGAAUGCUUGAAGCACGUCAGCUUGGCCUUAAGCUCAUAGCAAAUGUCACAUAUGGUUAUACUUCUGCUAAUUUUUCUGGAAGGAUGCCAUGUGUAGAGAUUGGUGAUAGCAUUGUGCACAAAGCCCGAGAAACGUUGGAACGAGCGAUAAAACUGGUGAACGAAACAAAAAAAUGGGGAGCACGGGUUGUAUAUGGAGACACAGAUAGCAUGUUUGUACUACUGAAAGGAGCUACCAAGGAACAGUCUUUUAAGAUUGGCCAGGAAAUUGCUGAAGCUGUAACAGCUACCAACCCCAAACCAGUAAAACUGAAGUUUGAAAAGGUCUAUUUGCCAUGUAUUUUGCAAACCAAGAAGAGGUAUGUUGGUUACAUGUAUGAAUCACUGGAACAGAAGGACCCAGUAUUUGAUGCAAAAGGCAUAGAAACUGUUAGAAGAGAUUCUUGUCCAGCAGUUUCCAAGAUGCUUGAGUGUUCUAUCAAGUUGCUGUUUGAAACACGUGAUAUAAGUCAUAUCAAGCAGUAUGUGCAAAAUCAGUGCAUGAAAUUAUUAGAAGGGAAGGCCAGCAUGCAAGACUUCAUAUUUGCAAAGGAGUACAGAGGAAGUUCUACAUACAGACCUGGAGCCUGUGUACCAGCUCUAGAAAUCACAAGAAGGAUGCUUGCCUAUGAUCGGCGGUCUGAGCCGCGAGUUGGUGAAAGGGUACCCUAUGUCAUUGUGUAUGGCAUACCGGGGUUGCCUCUCAUACAGUUGGUUAGGCGGCCAAUUGAGGUUCUACAGGAUCCAAACCUGCGUCUGAAUGCCACUUACUACAUCACCAAACAAAUUCUUCCUCCGCUGGCUAGAAUCUUAUCACUUAUUGGCAUAGAUGUUUUCAGCUGGUAUCAUGAAUUACCAAGGAUCCAGAAAGCUGCUACCACAUCCCACAGCGAGCAGGAAAGCCGAAAAGGGACAAUUUCCCAGUAUUUCACCACUCUACACUGUCCUGUGUGUGAUGAAUUGACUCAGCAUGGCAUCUGCAGUAAAUGUAGGAGCCAACCACAGCAUGUAGUAGUGAUUCUUAAUCAAGAAAUUCGAGAGCUGGAGCGUAAACAUGAACACCUAUCCAAGAUAUGCAAGAAUUGUACAGGCUGCUUGGAGCGACAGAUACCUUGUGUUUCACUGAAUUGUCCUGUACUUUACAAGGUCUCAAGAGUGAGCAGAGAAUUAUCCAAGGCACCGUAUCUUCGCCAGCUACUUGAUCAAUUUUAGAUUGCCUAUAAUAACAGGAUUGCAGGUGCUAUUUUUUAAAAUGUUUACCAUUCUAAAACUAUCUUGCAUGGUCCUUCAAUUUCAUCUUGUCUAGAAUUUUCAUUCAUUGUUGACCUACUCUGAGAAAUAAUAAAUGUUUGUCCUAAGUAAAUUGAAAAACACUUGUUAAUCUAUUAAUAACUGACUUUUUACAAUGUCAAUUUUCCUCAUUCUUCUGCCUUUGUAACAUACUGUUUUAUAAUGCAGAUGUUGAAAUAGCUGUGUUAACAUCUUGUAAAUCCAUUUCAAUAUAAAAACUUUUUCCCAGUGGGCUUCUGAAGUACUGAAAAUCUUUGGGGAAAUGCAAUUGUGUUUUAUUGAAUUGUCAGUAUCAGGAUGUUACUUAUAGAUCUCUCAUCCACUUUAUAAUUUUGACUGCAGAAUAUUUUGUAAAUAGACUUUUUUUACUUUUCAAACAACUGAGUAAAAAUAAUGUGCAAUGAAUUUUAUACGGACAAUUUUAAAAUCGGUUGGAGUAUUUCUCCUGUUUUGCUUGAUUCCAAGUAGCUUUGUUGUUUUGACCAGACUGUGCAAACAGUAGCGUGUAGCAUUUUUGAAACAUUUUCUAAAAAUCACUGUCUUGCUUUAGCUAUUAAUUGGGGCAUUGUGAAGAACUGUGCAAAGACAUUUUUGUUACAAACCUGUGGGACUGUUGCAAUACUUUAAAUAAGAAAUUUUAUUCCAUUUUUGCUUUUGUAUAGACAUUUCUAUUGCUUCUAAAUAUGCUUAAUAUUUCAUGAUGUACUUGUACAGUUAAAUCUUAUUUGCCAUCAUCUUGAGAAAAUGUGUAUUUAGAAUAUUUGUAUAACUAUAAAAUUUAAAGGAAUUAUGUGGUCA